AUGGUGAAAAUGAAAAAAUAAUAUCUGAUCAACAAAUAUGCAUUAAUACUCCUUCUGAUUACUUUCCUUUAUUUUGAAAAAGCAGAUGCUUAUUCAUUCCUUGGGCAAAUCUUUCAUAAGGAAUCUGAAAUUAAUAAAGAAAACAUGCUAACUAAUGAUAAAAAUACUAUUGAUAGAGAAUUAUAAAAAGCUGGUGAAUCGAAAAUCAUAUUCCAUGUAAUCUCUCAUUCUCAUUAAGACGUUGGCUGGCUAUAAACUCCUGAGGAUUAUUAUGAUUAAUAUGUGAAGCAAAUCAUUACGAGUGUUCUUGAAUCUUUAGAAAAAAAUAAAUAUCGUAAGUUCAAUUAAGCUGAAAUAUAUUUCUUUAAAAGAUGGUGGGAUGAACAGGAUUAAACAACAAAAGAAAGAAUGAGAUAACUAGUCAAAGAUGGAAGAUUUUCAUUUGUUAAUGGAGGCUGGGUAGCUAGCGACGAAGCCUGCCCAUUGUUUACUGAUUUAUUAUAAAACAUCAAAACUGGCCAUGAAUUUCUAAAAUAAGAGUUUGGAAUUAUCCCUGAAAUUGCUUGGCACGCAGAUGCAUUCGGUCAUUCUUCAGAAGUUGCUAAAAUUUUCUCAUUAAUUGGCUAUAAAGGUUUAUUUAUGGGGAGACUCUCAGCCUAACACAAAUCACAGUUAUAAGAGACUAAUAAUAUGCAAUUUUAUUGGAGUCCUGAGUUUUAAGGAGAAUAAAAAUCAUACAGAAGUUAAAAGGGAAUCUACUCUCAUUUUUUUUACAAAACCUAUCAUCCACCAUGUGAUAUUUAGCUCCAUUCAAUAAAUGUGAAUGAUAUUGAACAAUUAAUCAAUAACUAAUUGCAAGAGUAUGCUAAAGGGUACAAAACUAAAAAUUUGAUCAUGAAUUUCGGUGAUGACUUCGUUUAUACUUCCGCUGGAGAAAUCUUUGAAUUCAUAGAAAAUACUACAAUGAAGUCAGCUAAGAAAUAAUGGAUGAAAAGAUAGCACUUAAGACUUACACUGGAGAUUUUUUCCCAUUAUAUAUGCAGUUUGAAGGUUCCACUUGGAAUGGGUACUAUACAGCCAGACCUAAUUAAAAAAUCUACAUGA